AUGCGCAGUACUUUCAUCACUGAAAGCAUCCUGGGCCAUGCGCAUCAAGAGUUUAUAUGCCUCCGUCCGUCUUGGGUGCUUUCUGUACUUGUACCCUUCGAGUGGUACUCCACAGAUCUGCACAGCGUGAAAGAGAGUAUCAGUUCGCUCACCUACGCGGCCAGACAGCCCCUAUCGAUCCCCCCUAGGCGAGGUGCACGCUUUCGUCCCGUCAUGAACAAAGAUACAACAAGUCCAUCAGCAGCUGUCCUGCGCAGCGUAGCUUCCUCUGUGGCUCUCGACCUGGCCCAUGCCCCCCUGAAAAGCAAGCACCACGACCGUCUUACCAACCUCACCAAGCAGCACAUCGCUUUGGAGAAGUCGAUGACCCUCACCUCAGAAAUGGUUACCAAGGCAUUGGGCCAUGCUGACCAACUCAUUCGCGAGGCCAGGAAUUGGCAUGCGAUUGCGGAGGAAGGUCUGGGUCUCACUACGGAUGUUGAACAGUCCAUGAGUCGUAUUGCGGGCGUGGACAUGAACGCUCUCCUUACGUCCUCGGAACGUGCCGAACCAUGA